AUGAGGUUCACACGACCGCCGGCGGUACGAGUGUUGAAGAUUCCGCCAUGGGACUUGACGGGGGUGAGGAUUGCGGCGACAGACAUGACUUUCCGGAGAUUUUGGAGUUGGAGGGGAAAGUGUAGAGGUCGGUCGAUUGAGGAAGAGAGACAGAAGAAGAAAAGUAACAAUGGUGUUGGUGCGAUUGAUGAUGAAGAGAGGUGGGUAGAGGAGGAAGAGAAGUAUGAUGAAGAUGAGAAGGGAGGUGAGGGUUGUGAUGAUGUUUGGGGAGAGAGAUGUUUUGGGGAGAAUGAUGUUGGAGAAUGGAGAAAGAAGAAGAGGGAGAAGACGAGACAGGGGAAGUAA